AUGGAUCAACCCUAUUUAGAGCAUCAGUUGGACCCCAAUGUGAAUAAUAAUAAUAGUAACACUAAUCCCAUAUCUCAGGAUAAUAAUCAAAAUUCGUACCAACAACCUCAAUAUUCUCAAUCACAACCACAAGUGCAACAACUGCAACAAAAUUCACAGCAACUGCAAUACCAUUCACCUAUACAACCACAAAUUUCUCAACAACCAGGAGUAUAUGUUAAUCCUACAGAUAAUAGAUUUCAACAAUAUCAACAAGUACAACCUCGUGGGUCGUCUCAACAACCUUUACAUCCACCACCAACAUACAUUCCAAUGCCAUCAUCAAAUUAUAUACCAAAUCAACCAUUUGGUCAGUAUACUUUACAUCAACAACCACGUCAAAUGUAUGAUUCUGCCUAUGGUGAUCCACAACCAAAUCCAUUAAGCUAUAAUAAUAACAAUAACAACAAUAAUAUUAAUAAUGGUGAUAGAAAUCUUGUUGCUCCUAUUCCACCGUUACAUGUUCAACAACAGUUGGUUUCAAAACAAGAUGGUUCGUAUAAUACUUCACCUACUUCAUUGAAACAAGAACCACCACAUCAACAUAGUAUUUCAUCUGCAUCUUCUGUAUCAUCGCAUUCACACCCCACUGCGGUUUUUAAUAAUGAGGAUCAACAAAUGGUUAGGUCGAAUUGUACUAGAUGUAAAAAAGAGUUUGAUCAACCAGUUAUAAUUCCCAAAGCUAAUGAUUCAUCUGGUGGUCAGAAAUUAUUAGCAGAACCUAAGAUUUUCAAAUUGUGUCAACAUUGUCGAGACUUGCAAAGACAAAGAUCUAGAAGAUGGCAAAAGAAAACAAAGGAUAAACAAGGUGUUUGUCGUAGAUGUGGAUCUGAAAUUCCAAUAGAAGAAAGAAAAUUUGUCUUGUGUCCCAGUUGUCGACAGAAUUUACGAACAAGAAAAGCUAAUCGUGCUGCUCAAGGUAAAUGUGUCCAUUGUUCAGGUCCUUUAGAUACUUCUAUAUUGGUCAAAGAUGAAAAUGGUAAUAUUGUUACUGAACCUAAUGCCAAUGGAGAUGCUGAGUCUGAAGAGAAGAAAAAUGGUCGAGGUACAAAUAAUUACAAAGUUUGUCAGAGAUGUCGUGAAAAUGAUAAAAUUAGAAGAACAAAUUUGGAAAAAAUGGGUAAUUGUAAUCGGUGUGCUAAGGCUUUAGAUCCAAGUGAUCAUGGUAGAAAUAAAGUUUGUCUUAGCUGUCGUACAAAGAAGAAGAAAUCAACUCCUACAAUGAAACCAACAUCACCUAUUCAAGGUCCUUAUGGUUCUAAUCCAAUGCAACAUCCACAUUCUCAAUUACAUCAAGGAUUACCACCACAUCAUAUGAUCCAACCAAUGAAUCAACCAACUGAUCAGAUUAAUAUGUUAAUCAAUAAUCAACAACACUCUACUACUGGUUUAGAUCAACAAUACACUCAACAACAACAGUAUGGUUCAGUUCCUUUACAUCAACCUCAUUAUGGUCAGCAAUAUGUUCCAUUGUCGUCACAAUAUCCAAAUCAAGCUCCACUUCAUGGUUUUCCUCAACAACAACAACAACAGCAACAACAGAUGAAUCAAUACCAAGGGUUGCAACAAUAUUCUCAGUCUCAAUUACUUCCUCCACCUCCUUCACAUCAACAACAAAAACAACCACCAACUUCCCAAUUACAAAACAAUAAUCAUCAAGAUUUUCAAAGUAACUUCUCAGGUGUUAAUUAG